AGGUUGGUAGUGUCGUUGCCAAUCGACGCCGGAGGAAUCCCGUCUUGCGAAAUCGCUCUCGCGCACAAUUCGAUGGAUUUUCAUGUAAAUCUGUAAUUGGUGGGUAGUUUUCAGAGUGAUCGUGGGCCUGAUUUUGUAGAAAAUUGACAUCGCAAUCGGCAACUCUGCUCAUGACGCGGCUUUGAUAGCCAUUGGGUGGUGCUGGGUUUCGGUUUUCAGCUUGCGAUCUGGUGGUUUCGAUGACAAGGUAGGUUGAAGAGGGCGAGGUUUUAGCACUGUAGUGCAGACUGGCAGGAGCCCAAGUGUUACAACAACUGGGUUUUUGUUUUAGGGAGUGGGAAUUGAGAGGUGCAGAGGUGAAGUGCCCAUGGAACCUCGCAAGGAUAUGGCAGAGAAGGAUGUAGCCAGCAUCGCGGCCGCUUCUUCGGCAACAGCUGAAAAAAUCCAUAGCUUGCUCAGUGCCUCCGACGUUGGUACCCUAAAGCAUCAACAGCUACUCAUACUGGGGAGGUUGCAAGAUAGCAAUGCAGUGCUUUCACAUUUCAAUGACUUUUCAGAUCGUAGCUUCACUGCUGUGGCGAACGAUUUCUCUCAGAACACUCGCCUCCUCAAGUCCAUGAAGAGCGACCUGGACUACGUGUUUCGAAAAAUAGGGUCUUUAAAAGCACGGAUUCAAAAGCAUUACCCGGAUGCCUUCAAAGAUGCAGUUCCUGACUGUAGGCCAGACCUUGAUUUACCAAAGUGAGCUCAAAUAUAUGCUGAAUGCAUGAAAUCUUUUGUGUAACUGAUCCUCAUUUUCAGCACACGGAGGACGAAAAUGGAUUUCUCAGUAUCAUGCACACCACUGAUAGUUAAACUUGUUUGUUGCCUUAUUUGUGCAACUGUAAAGAUCAUAUUUCAAGUGAUUACUGUAUCAUUUGACGAUGUCAGUUUUAAACUCUGUGUAAUACAAGUCGAUGGUGAAAAUCACAAAUCAGUUGUGAUCCGAGGUUCUUCAUGGGGAUCUGAGGUACAAUUGUUUGCCUUCAUGGUAAUUACUCUUUUAACAAGUGAUUUCUGCUUUGUCUUCCAA